CGAAAUUGAAUUCGAUUUUCUGGGUUUUGGAUUAGUUGUCGGAAUGUGAACUUGCCUCCGAGUGUGAUUCAAGAUUGUUCAUUGUUUUUUGUCUCCUAAGCUUUCUUGUUCUAAUUAAGCGUAACUGGUUUCUGUGUUUUGCUCUGUUUUGUGUUUCCAAAUGUGAAGUGGGUUUGGAUUGAAUUGAUUACUACAUUAUAUCUGGUAUUUAUGCGCAAUUUUUUCUCUUUUCCCUCCCUUUUUGACAUAGUAAUUAUAUUGAAGUUAGCAUUUCAGACUGUUAGAUGAUGUCUCUUUACAGUUGGAUAGGAAAACUGAGGUUUUUGUUCGUCCAAGUUGAGAGAUUUAGUAUUACUCCCCAGCGAUAAAAAUUUAAUCUUGAUUUUGUUUUGACAGGAGAGUGUUCUUUCUAAACUUUAAUCUAGCUAAUCCGUAUCCCGGUAAUGUUACUUUGGAUUUUCAAGUUGUGAUAUAGAUAAUGGUUUAAACUGAAAAUGGUGGCCAACCAUCAUUUUACUCGAGUGGAUACAAUAGAGCUGAAAGAUCUUAUUUAUCGGAAGAUUGGGCACCAAAGAGCUGAAAAGUACUUCAAUGAGUUGAAGAAGUUUUUCGGUUUAAAGCUUAGCAAGGUUGAGUUUGAUAAGAGCUGUGUGCGGAUGAUUGGAAGAGAGAACAUUUCUCUUCAUAAUAGGCUUAUUAGGUUUAUUGUACAAAAUGCUUGUCUUGCUAAAUUCCCGCCUCGAAAUGCUCGAAAAGUAGAAGGAAACACCUCUAGAAUCGCAAACGGUUACCAGAAGAACUGUCUGCAACCUCUUUAUGGUGAUGUUUUCCCUCAGUCUCCUCGGAAAUGUAGGUCUCUUGUCAUCAGGGAUCGCAAGUUUCGGGAUCGUCCAAGCCCUCUUGGGCCACUGGGUAAGAGCCGUAGUGUCACAUGUGAAGAAACUGUUACAGGAAUUCAUGAACAAGAAAGUCCAACGGAAUUGCAUUCUCUUGGCAGCAGGCCUCCAAUUGAUGUUGUAUCAGUGGAAGAUGGGGAAGAAGUUGAACAAUUUGCUGUAAGCCUGGAUGUCCGGAGCUGUAGUCCUGUUACUGCUCCUCUUGGUGUUUCAGUUAAUGUUGUUGGUGCUCGUAAAGCUCUUAGUUAUAGUUAUUCAUAUAACAAUUUUGCCGAGACUUGUCAAAGUAGUGGUGAGUUACCUGAUACAAGAUCUUUAAGGAGUCGUUUGCAGAAGAAGUUGGCAUUGGAGGGAGUUGAAAUCUCUUUCGACUGUGCUAACCUUUUAAAUAAUAGCUUGGAUGUUUUCCUGAGGAGAUUAAUUGAUCCAUGUAUAGGUAUUGCUGGAUCACAGUGUAGAAAUCCUCAUAUUCUUGGCAAAGAAUCAAAUAAUCAAAUUCCAUCUGGGUUGAAUGGCCAAUUACUGACUCAACCCAAAUACGUAAAUAUGUUAGAUUUUUGUGUCGCAAUGGAGUCAAAUCCUUGUAUACUUGGGGAAGAUUGGUCGAUACAGCUUGAGAAGAUCUGCCACUACGCCUUAGGGGAGUAAACGGCACAAUUUGGAAGUAACUCAGUGAACAAAUGAUGUCACGACCUGCUCUGAACAUUCACUUCUAGUUCUAACAUGGUAUCCACUGGAAUUCCCGAAGAAUAAGUCAUGAUUCGUGAACAGUGCAGGAAAUCAAGGUACCUGGCUGCAUGUAGAUAGAUGUCAACUGCAUUCACUGCUAGGAAGGGGAAGAUUUAUACAAGCAAUUUUACACAUUUGAUAGUGUUAGCACUUUGUUGCCUUUAGAGUUUGAUAUAAUUUUUCAAAUUGCUAUGUACUAUAUGUUGGUUUCACAAUGAGAAGAAGCAUUCUAUGUCUUGACCACUUUGUGGUUGUAAGAAUAUUAUGCUACUUAACCUUCGGUUACAAAAGGGGAAGAAAAAAGGAAAAAAAGAGUACAAAGAGAAAUCUGAUCUCAUAACAUUAUGAAUAUCAGAUUAUUUGUUUUUACUUAUAGGAAUUGCUUUGUGGAGCACCUUAGAUGGCUUACAUAGUUUUAGUAGAUAUUGCUUGUAGAAGCUGCUGCAGAUUCCUGCGAGUCUGAAAGGCCGAUACCCACGUUUCUGUAAAUUCAAGAACCAGAGUACAUUUUGGCUGAACACCCUCAUCAUUUAGGUUAUGCUGCAACUAGUGGGGGUCUGAUUUUGCCACCACAUAUCAAAAUGUCAGUUGCUUUUGGAUUGGCAUUCUUUAGUUUUCACAAUCUUGGGAACAGAUCAAAGGAACUUUCGUGCGUCGCUCAUUUUGUUAGCUGAGGCCUCCCCUUUAGCUCCUAAAUCGGAAGGUAGCUAUUUGACAAUUAUCGUGCAAAGAAAAUGACUGAAAAAGGUCUAAUUCAUGAUUUUGAGAAACAAUUACUUCAUCAAUACUGGGGAGCGAACACAAUCUGCUGCAAUCCGGGCAAAUGUCAGUAUACGAUUUAGCUACACUCAAGAAAGCAGAAUAGCUAAUUCAAGGUGGUUACUACUAAUGAGUAGAGUCAGUAUAUACAAGAAAUAGCUCUCCUGGAGCACAAAUUUGCCUCUAGUUGGAUGACAAAAUAAACUAGUAUCAUCAAGAACUACUGCUGCCCUUGAGGAACAGAAACCAGCGACUUCAUAAUCUCUAUCACUAGUUUCUGUAAAGAACUCGGAGAUCAUUACUAUUGACUACUCUGCUUAAAGAAAUGAGGACUCCUUAGCAUAUUGCUCCUGCUUUUGGCACAAGCACUACAUGGUAGCUUGCAAGGGAUUUAGUGAGUUUGCUUUGCAGAUCCAUUCCGCUUCCCACCGAGACAAGCUGGGGAAUCAAUACAGGAUUGGCAGUCAUAUGCCAUCAGCGAACAAUAGCUCCUCAACUGGCACCAACUUUUGUUAAGCCCGCCAUGUAAGUUAUGUAAACCGU